UUUGUUGAAGCAAUAUUCGAAGUCGUCAAAGAAUUCUUUCGGCUGCCUUCGAUGAAUCAGCCGGCGGAGAAACGAGCACGUUCAUUAAUCGAUUUAGUGGAAAAAAAAGCAAGAAAAAUGGCAGCCGGAUAUGACGAUUGUUACGACGCUUCUUGGCAUUUGAUACCACCCGAUUAUGUCAGCAACGAGGAAGAUUACAGGCUACUGGAAAGUAUGAAAAUGCCGGCUAGAACUUCUGGUUUCGCUAUCAGUGACAUUUUGGAAUUAAACGAUGCCAAACCGUCGCAAGAAGAAUUAGAUGUGCAAGGUACCACGACGGUUUUACCAACGGCUACCGACAUGCCGUCGGCUUACCAGCAAUUUCUGGAGCACACAACCGCCAUGCUGCAACCUAUGCACGCUAAUCUGAACAGGGGUACACUACCACCGCCUCCACCUGGAUUAUUAGGAUGGCCAACUGGACCGGCAUUACCAACAACAUUACCUCAACCCUUGGAGGAGGUGAAUGUUCUUCAACAACCAGACUCGACGAGCCCGGCGAUCUCGGAUAUGUCGUUCCCGUCACAACAGGAGAACAGUCACGAGUCAUCGAAAGACGAAGAGUCACAGGACUUUGAGGACGAGCAACAUACUAACGAAACGUCGCAACCCCAUGAGACCGAACAUAAGAAACGCAAGCGACGUGUGCUCUUCUCCAAGGCUCAGACUUACGAACUAGAGCGACGUUUCCGUCAGCAGCGUUAUUUGAGUGCGCCCGAGCGAGAGCACUUGGCCUCUAUCAUCCGCCUUACACCAACUCAAGUGAAGAUCUGGUUCCAGAAUCACAGGUACAAGACGAAGAGAGCGGCGAGUGAACGUGUUGAAGCCGGCGGCAGCGGCUGCUCGCCCAGAAGAGUCGCCGUGCCAGUGCUAGUGAGAGAUGGCAAACCCUGCCAAUCCAAGCUGAUGGAACCUACUGCAUAUCCCGGAAGCGGCCAGGUCCCUAUGGCGCCAUAUAUACCACAGAAAUAUUGGUGGUAAAAUAGUUAACUGAACUGACUAGGAUAAAACAAUCCAGAGCAAUCUGUGGCGAUUCACGCUGAUCGAUGAUUAUUGCGAAACAAUAUUGCAAUUCCCGAUAAAAAUAUUGUCGUGAACAAGAAGUCGUAAACGAAGAGAACGAAGAAAGAUGAACGAAGAAAUUCAAGAUGGAAGGUAUGAAUAAUCUUAUAGCAUGUGAUGUUGAACAUGAAAGUGUUAGAAGGUUCGUGAUAAUGCGAUAGUAAUAAUAAAUAUGAAUUCGAUAUUAUCGAUGACAUCAUCGAUAUUAUGGUCAAGGA